GGUUCACGCGUUUUCAUCACUCCCGUUGCAGGGGCCUCUGGGCGACGCGGCCCUGGGACCCUCGCUGGACGUUUUGGCAGCCGACAAAGCGGUCCAGGGGGGGAGGCAGCGAUGGGUUUGUUGCUAUGGGGACCGCAGCUGCUGCUCGUCUACCUGAACAUCCAAGCAGGAGCGACCGCCCUGGGUCCUCUGACUCUGAGCACCAGGGGGGCCGUGCGGAAGGUGGGAGAGGACCUAAAUGUGAUCUGCAAAGUCGCCAACGAAGAUCGCAGGGUCAGCCUGGAGUGGACGCUGAAUAAGCUUCCUCUGAACGAAACCACCGAGUACUCGCACCGCUCCGCUGGCCAGUUCCUCCUCGAGCGGACGCUCGCCCUCGGUCCCCUGCGGGUCGAGGACUCGGGAGAGUACUCGUGCCAGGCGGUGUCCAUGACGGCCUCCCUCAACGAGUCCCUUUGGCUUCGCGUGGUCGAGAAAGGUUACGUGGCGCUCAGCGUGGAGGGGCCCUGGGAGCUGCAGCUGAGCGAAGGGGAGACGCUCCGGAUGAAGGUCGCCAUCGACUCCUACCCUCGCGAGACCCAGCGCCAGUGGCUGCGCAAUGGCACGGUGAUGCUCGACCACGGCCCCGGGGAUUUGUGCAACAAUGAAACCAGCGACACGUGUGAUGGGAGAGUCAUUCACCGAGUGUCACCGGAGGAUGGAGGUAUCUACACGUUCGUCGCGAGGAACGAAGACAACGAGACGUCUGUGGACUUCUUUGUUCACGUUAAUGGGAGCGGCUUGGAGAGACCGGUUGUGAUCCAGAGCGUCGUCAAACUGUCCGGCAAAGAGAACAAUUUUGUCGAGGUGACGCUCACCCUCUCGGUGUUCCUCGUCUUCCUCAUCUCCCUCUUCAUCGUCUUCCUCUACAAACACAACCAGAAGCCUCACUACGAGAUUCGGUGGAAGAUCAUCAGCAGUGUGAAUGCUGAAACCAACGAGUACAUCUACAUCGACCCGUCCACUCUGCCCUACGAGCCCGUGCGCUGGGAGCUCGACCCCAGCCUCCUCACUCUGGGGAAGACGAUCGGCUGUGGCGAGUUUGGGAAGGUGGUGGAGGCCGAGGCCCACGGGAUCCCGCACCAGGGCUCCGUGACCCGCGUGGCCGUCAAGAUGCUCAAGCCCAGGGCACACCAUGCGCACAAAGAGGCGCUGAUGUCGGAGCUGAAGAUCAUGAGUCACCUGGGACGCCACCUCAACAUCGUCAACCUGCUGGGAGCGUGCACGCGUGAAGAUCCCAUUCUGGUUAUUACGGAGUACUGCAAUUACGGAGAUUUGCUGAAUUAUUUACGGAGAAAGUGGCAUAUUCUGAACAGUACUGGAAACAACGACGACGCCACCAAUUAUCAAAACCUGACCAUCGCCAGAAGAAUGGAAUCGACCCAGGUUGUGGUUGGAAUUGAAGAAUACAGUCUCAAGGCGGCGCUUAUGAAUCAAGCGGAGCGAGGAUUUCUUCAUGGGCACAAAGGCUGGGACGCGUCGUCGGAAGAGGAGAGAGAAGCGAUCGCGAGCGACGACUCCACUCCGUUCGGGGUGGACAACCUCCUGAGCUUCGCGGAGCAGGUCGCGAGCGGUAUGGCCUUCCUCGCUCACAAGAACUGCAUCCAUCGCGACCUGGCUGCAAGGAAUGUGCUCGUAACGCAUGGACGCGUCGCCAAGAUUUGCGACUUUGGGCUAGCACGGGACGUCCAGACUGACCCCAACUACGUGGUGAAGGGCAAUGUGCCUCUGCCUGUGAAGUGGAUGUCUCCAGAAAGCAUGUUCCAUGGGCUCUACACGGUGCAGAGCGACGUGUGGUCAUACGGCGUGCUGCUGUGGGAAAUCUUCUCUUUUGGAGAGGCCCCUUACCCUGGCAUGGCAGUCGAUGACAAGUUCUACCGCUUGAUCUGCGAUGGCUACUGCAUGCAGCCACCCCCCCGCUGUCCACCGCAAGUCCGCAAGGUGAUGCACCGCUGCUGGAGCUACGCGCCGUUAGAGCGCCCCACGUUCGAGGCGAUCCUCACCGAGCUGAGAGCGGCCUCCAACGAUGACAAGAUCGACAAAGGCGAAGAGGUCGGCUGGGAGCCGUCGUCCGUUCCGUCCGAGCGCAGCUCCCUUGCUUGCUAGGACCCCCCUCGCUACGCUGUCCACUCUGGGGGUGAAUAGUUGUUUUUUUAUUAUUUCAAAGAUUACCGUGCUACAUUUGUUUAUUCAGGGAAGUCUCAAUCUUUUGCAGGAGAGUCCUGUCCAGCUUUCACAGAAGGGGGCGAUGUUGCCACGGUGUGUAAUCCCUUUUUAAGUAAUUUGCAAGUAAUAUCUUGUUAUUGUUAUUUUUUUAAAGCUGAGAACCCUGAGAAAACGUGUGCACAACAGGGCAAGAACAUGCAAAGUCUACAAACUCUCACUUACACGCAAAGACUAAGAUCCCCCCAUGUAACAGACUGUUGGGGUAAGUGCUGUUUAUGAGCACUUGUGAAGGCCAGCAUAGCAUACGGGAUUUGAAGCUUUUGUGACUGCAAGGAUUCAUAUUCUUAGGUUUUUUCGGUAAA